GUUAAUGCUAUUCUUUAUGCUACACGUUGCAACUGAAAGCUCCAUUCCACUGCUGCCAAUGCCGCGCCUGCUGCCCCUCCUUUAAGCUGCCCCCCUCUCUGACGCAUCUUCCUGCACGCGCAGGCCCGCUUCCUGGAUGCACUCCUUUUUCAGGACCGCGAGACCCUUUCUCUUCCAUUCAUCCACGAGGCGAUUCUUCACCUCUAGAUCCUCUUUAGCAUACGCAGUUCCGGCAGCAGCAUUGCCCACGAUGGCGUCGCCCACCAUCAAAGUCCACAACUCCCUGCAGCCCGGCGGGCCGGUGCCCUUCGAGCCCAAGGAGAAGGGUAACGUGUCAUGGUACGCCUGCGGACCGACAGUCUACGACCAGAGCCAUCUGGGCCACGCCAGGAACUAUGUCUCGACCGAUAUCAUCCGCCGCAUCUUCUUGCACUACUUUGACUACAAGGUCAAGUUUGUCAUGAACAUUACCGAUAUCGACGACAAGAUCAUCAUCAGGGCCCGGAGGCAAAGGUUGCUGGACCUCGAGAAGAAGAAGGCUUACACGCCGGAAGAGUUGCAUGCGCUGGGCGCAAAAGCGUUUCUGGCUUAUGCGCAGAGCAACCUGCCAUUGCUUGUAGAGGCCGAAGCCUUGGACGAGAAGAACUACGAGCAGCGCCGCGAUAAGGCGUAUGGCGGCGUCCUGGCCGGCGGUGCGCUUACGGCAGACGGGAAGCCAGGCGAUGGCGAGGCCAAGAUCAAGAUGCAUCUGAGCAACAUGGACGCCGCCGCCAAAGGUCUCCGGAAUGGCAAGGUUUUUGGAUCCGCGGACGAGGUGCUCCUCCCGUACCUCGACUCCCUGUACAAGGAGACGAUCGACACGAGCGACCAGAGCAUGUUCACGGACCUGACGCGGCGCAUGGAGGCCGACUUCUUUGACGACAUGGACAACCUAAACAACUUGCGCCCCGACGAGAUCACUAGAGUGACCGAGUACGUGCCCCAGAUCGCCGACUUUGUCGACAGGAUAGUCAAGAAGGGCUUCGCGUACGAGUCGGAGGGCUCCGUAUAUUUUGAUAUUGCCGCCUUCGAAAAGGGCGGCAACACUUAUGCACGCCUCAAGCCCGAGAGCCGCGGCGACAAGGCAUUGCAGGAGGAGGGAGAGGGUUCUCUCUCCAAGGGUGCUGGCGGAAAGCGGAGCCCUGGCGACUUCGCGCUGUGGAAGCAGUCGAAGCCCGGUGAACCCUACUGGCCGAGCCCCUGGGGAAAUGGAAGGCCUGGUUGGCACAUUGAGUGCUCGGUCAUGGCGUCGGACAGGCUGGGGGCGCAGAUGGAUGUUCACUCCGGAGGCAUAGAUCUUGCCUUCCCGCACCACGACAACGAGCUGGCGCAGAGUGAGGCAUACUAUUGCGAGCAUGGCAAGGGGGAGCACACUUGGGUCAAGUACUUUUUGCACAUGGGUCAUCUGUCGAUCUCGGGAUCAAAGAUGUCCAAGUCGCUCAAGAAUUUCCAGACCAUCAAAGACGCAUUAGCCACCACAUACUCGGCAAGGAAUCUGCGCAUAGUAUUCAUGAUGGGCAGGUGGAACGAGGGCGUGGAAAUUUCGCCUGAGUUAAGGGUACAGGCGGAUAGCUGGGAGAACACGGUCAACCAAUUCUUCACAAACACCAAGUCAUGGCUGGCAGAGGCAGGCGUUGCAUCCACCAAUGAUGGACUCGAGUCUCUGUCUAUUUCGGACGAUGCGGCACAACAAGGCCUGCUUGCGGAUCUUGAUCAAGCCAAGAAAGACACUCAAGCUUUCUUGACAAACUCGUUCGACACCAACGGUGCAUUGCGCACAAUCGCAGAGCUGGUCAACAAGGUCAAUGUUCACAAACGGGAACACAAGAACGAUGCAGACCUCGUAGCCAUAGAGAGGAUAGCACGAUGGGUUACGCGGAUGGUCGGCAUCUUCGGCCUCGACGCCAACGCUAAACCACCUUACAACGGACUCGGCUGGGUGUCAGACCCAAGCGCAGGCUUGGACCUGGAAGCAGUCAGGAAAACGUACGCCUCAGUCCGGGACGAAAUCAAGACGUCUGGGUUCGCAGAGUCGGUGAUUGCGGUCCUCGACACGCAAAGCCCGGCGUCCGAUGUCCAAAAGCUGGAGGACUCGGGAGUCACGGACCCGGAGAGGCUGGCAUACCCAUUUGUGGAUGCCGUGGCCAAGCUCCGCGACGAGCUGCGCAGGACCGUGUCGUCCGCGGCCAGCCCGGAGCAGAAGAAGGCUAUACUCAGCUUGAGCGACCGCAUCCGCGACCACGACUUGACGAACCUGGGCGUCUAUCUCGACGACCGGCCGGAUGGGCAGCCGUCGCUGAUCAAGUUCGUCCCCGCAGCGCAGCUGAUCGCGGCGCGCGAGGAGAAGGCGGCUCAGCAGGCGGCCAAGGAGCGGGCCAAGGAGGAGGCCAGGCUGGAGAAGGAGCGCAAGGAGCAGGAGAGGUGGGCCAAGGCGGCAGUCAAGCCGCAGGAUAUGUACCGGUCGGAGACGGAAAAGUACAGCGAGUUUGACGACGAAGGCAUCCCGACAAAGAUGAAGGAUGGCAGUGAGGUGACCAAGUCGGCUGCCAAGAAGCUGAAGAAGGACUGGGAGAAGCAGAAGAAGCUGCAUGAGGAGUACCUCAAAAAGUUUGGAGGAAGUUGAGCUGGGCAAAUAGAUAUGAAAAGCCAACUACCAAUUGACUAGGGGAUUAGCUCACGUCGGUGCUGCCAGCUCAACAGAUUCCACCAAUUGCACGUCCUCAUAUCAAGGCGUAUGCCCAGCAGCGGCAAACACAGCGCAAGCUUCAUUCACAUUGGCAUUUGCACAAGAGAGGAUAUAUUGUGUCUCAUACGUCGUCGCUCAAAUUUCAAUUCACUAGGUGCUAUUCUGCACAACCCAAGAGUCCCCCAGCUCUCGAUUCCCGUAUGCAAUUUAAUACUGCAUGUGGCGAUGCGGCCUCUGCUGCUCACUAUGAAUUGAAAGAAAGAGGCAUCUGGGUCAGUUUGAAACCCAAAGCAUAGCAAGUGUGGGGGGGAAAAGGAAAAAGAAAAGUAAAAUACUCACGGGUUGUACUCGGCGUAUUGACCAUACUGCUCAUCGUACAUGCGCUCGGCCUGCUGCUUGGCGUGGUGCUUUGCCUUUUCGCGGUCGAUCAUGUCGAGGCCCUUGGUCUCGACCAGCUUAUCGACCUCGAAGCCGGCGGCGGCGGCGAGCAUCUCCUUGGCCAGGCCGUGGUUGACGGGCUGUCCCGACUCGCGCUGCUUCUUCUCCCACAAGUGCAUAGCCUCGAAGCUGGCUGCAGAGGCGAGGAGCUCGUGCGACAGCUUGGACUCGUGAGGAGUUCCGUUGUAGAACUCGUCACGGUGCUCCUUGGCCUCGUCUGUAGUUUCUGAGGUCAGUAAAAGGGGAGAAAAAAGAAGAGAGAAAAGGAACAUAUGUCAGGACGGGGUGGAUGUUGAGAGGUGAGACCUACCGAAUCCGAACAUUUUGUGUAGUAUUGAGGGGAUUUGGAAAUAUGAGAUGGGGAUUUGGUGAGAUUGGUUGGGAUUGUGAGUCUGCGGUUUUGUUCUUUGAUGUUGGCUUGAGGGUGAUGAUCUGAUGAGGAGACAAACGUAGAACUCGAGAUGGAAACGGCUGGUUUAUAUCUAAAUCCGAUCCAAACCUAUCCCACAUUGAACGUUUAUAGUAUCUAUCUAGCUGCACUGUAUCUUCAUCCCUGGCACACCACCCAAGUUCCGCGCGUCCCAUCUCAAACCCCCAGACUCCCUGUCCC